AAAAUGGGGGCCAUGCCGUUCAGAUGCCUGUAUCUGUUAUGUCUCUUCAUGUGCAAACUAUCCCCGGAAGUUGCUGCAGAAGUUCAGGAAUCCUCAGAUGGUCCCGGUGCCCGGGAACCCGUGUGGCUCACAGAUGUCCAGGCUGCCAUGGAAUUCGUCGCUGCUGCUGAGGUGACUGUCAUAGGCUUCUUCCAGGAUUUAGAAGUACCAGCAGUGUCCCUAUUCCACAGUGUGGUGAAAAAUUUCCAAGAUGUGUCAUUUGGAAUCAGCGCUGCCUCCGAGGUUCUGGCCUACUACAGUGUUACUGGGAACACCAUUUCCCUCUUCCGUCUGGUGGAUAACAAACAACUGGAUUUAAAGAGUGAAGACAUUGAAAGCAUGGAUGCUACCAAGUUAAGCCAUUUCAUUCAGAGAAACAACCUCCACUUGGUGACAGAGUAUAACCCUACGACUGUAAUUGGCCUAUUUAAUAGUAUGAUUCCAAUUCAUCUUCUACUGAUGAUGAACAAGACCUCCCCAGAGUAUGAAGAAAGCUUGCACAGAUACCAGGAAGCAGCUAAGCUCUUCCAGGGGAAGAUUCUUUUUAUUCUGGUGGACAGUGGUGUGAAGAAAAAUGGGAAGGUGAUAUCAUUUUUCAAACUAAAGAAGCCUCAGCUGCCUGCAUUGGCAAUUUACCAGACUCUGGAUGAUGUGUGGGAUACACUGCCCAUGACGGAAGUCUCAGUAGAGCACGUGCAAAACUUUUGUGAUGGAUUCCUGAAAGGGAAGAGGUUGAGAGAAAAUCAUGAAUCAGAAGAAAAGACAUCAAAGAUGGAACUCUGA